GGUCCAGUAGUUAAUGAGAAAAGCGAUUUUUACAUACAGUCGCAAUAAGAAGAAUACUAAAACAUGAUCAACAACAACAUGAUAAAUAAUAAUAAUAACAAAACGAUCCAUAUGUCCAUUUCGUGUCCAACAAGGGGCACGGAAGUCAAAUGUCACAUGCAAAUGUUUCCGCGAAUUAGAAUAAAACAGCGAUAUUUUGGCCAAGUGGUUCGCCGUGAGCCUAAAAUACAAAGCCUUCUAACGACUUCUCCACCUUUAGAUAAUGAAAAUUUGAAAUCGAUUAUCUCCGACCAUCUCAAUAAAAUUAAUAGCAACAACAUCAACAAUUUAGUAAAUUGAUCCAUUUGUACAAUAAGGUAUUGCUCUGCAGAUAAAGUUUGAUAUAUAUACUUUGAUGUUUUACUCACAUUCUUUUCAGUAGCUAAUUUUGUUGUGGAAUCUGAGAGCUUGGAAGAAUAAAGUAAUUGAUUCGACCGUAUGUGGAAGGUGUGAAUUCACAACAGACAAGACAAAGAUUAACUCUUCCAACACUGCAGCAGUAUUAUUCAGAUCCGAACAAAUAACUCGAGAAGAAAUGCCUCCGAUAAACUCCAGGCGAAAAGACCAAUUAUACAUCUGGACCGCUGGGGAAUCGGCUCCUUCAUUGUUUCACCUUCGAAAGAUUUGGCUCUUUUGGGAAAACAAAUAUGUUUUCAACAUGACUAUGACUUACAGGCGGGAUUCGUCUCUCUACCAUCCGUAUGGAACAGUUACCGAAGCCUACUCUUCGAUACAAAGACUUGGAUUUGUGGACAACCCUGGAAAAAUUUUAGCAAUGAAAACAAAACUCGCCGUUGCUGUGGUUUCAAACUGCAAUUCUACAUCGGGCGCAAAAGUACGGAUGCAACUAUUAAAGAACCUUAAGCAUGCUGGACUCCAAGCAGAUUAUUAUGGAAGCUGCUUUGGAAAUCAAACUGUACCAAAAGGGAAUCGAGAAGAUUUUGAAAACUUACUUUCAAAAUACAAGUUUUAUUUUGCGUUUGAGAAUUCAUAUCACUGUAAAGACUACGUCACUGAAAAGUUUUAUCGGAAUGCUCUCUACUUGGGAGUGGUGCCAGUUGUGUGGGGCACACUUAAAGAAGAUUACGAAUCUGUCGCUCCUCCGAGAUCAUUUAUUCACGUUGAAGAUUAUCCUUCAAUCAAUCAUCUAAUAAAGUAUUUAAACUAUCUCAACACAAACGACACGGCUUAUCUGGAAUAUUUCAGGUGGCACACUUUAAAAGAGUAUGACCAGAAGCAAUUUAAUCGAGAUUAUACUUACUGUGUUCUAUGCAAGAUUUUACAUGGAAAAAACCUAACUGAUGAUUCGACAAUUCUUUCUUCAAAAGUGACAAAAACAUUAUUCACAAAGAACGCUUAUUCCUCUCCAUUCCCAUCACUUCGAUCAUGGUUUUACAAUGGAAAUAUCAGAGACUGUUUACGAACUCAAUUACGAAUUUUAGGAAACAACACAAAAAUUUAUUGAUAUUGAUUUUAUAUACUUAGCAUACAUAAAUAAUAAUAAAAACACUGUGAUGCA